CCGCAUUCCCACAACUCACUCAGAUUUCUCACUUCACCUACCUUUCUUGAAGAUGCCGCCCGGUCCAAAAUUAAAACAACAAUUUCUUAGCAAAGAGCUCUCGGAGCCAUUGUCAGAUCCUGGCUCGUUUGAGAACAUACCCAAGGUUCGAACCAAUGCGGGGGAUUCGGUGGGACAAAGGCUAAAAGGAAAGGUCGCUAUCAUCACGGGCGCAAACUCCCCAAUAGGUAUCGGCCGAGCUACUGCCCAUCAAUUUGCCCGCAAUGGCGCCAAAGCUAUUUUCCUUUGCGAUUUCGCCGACUCCCAUCUCCCCACGCAUAAGCGCGAACUCCAUUCCCUAUACCCGGACGUUGACAUACAUACCCGCCAGUUUGACGCAGGAGAAGAAGAGUCAGUCGAUGAUGUCGUCCAAGAAGCUCUAGACAAAUACGGUCGUCUGGACGUAUUCUUCGCCAACGCCGGUAUCAGUUCCGCAAAAGUAUUUUGGGAAAGUAGUAGUGAGGAGUUUAUGAAGAUUCUCAAGACAAAUACGUUGAGUGUCUUCUUAGCAGCGAAAUAUGCAUCGAGGGCCAUGCUGAAAACGAGCUCUGGAAAACCGUAUCCUGGUGGAAGUAUCAUUGGCACCGCCUCCGUUGCAGGACUUCGGUCAAAUGCAGGGCCUACGGAUUACAGUGCGUCUAAGGCUGCUGUUAUCUCGCUCAUGCAGACUUGUGCGUAUCAGCUCACAGGCACCGGCAUCAGAUGUAAUGCCGUGUGUCCUGGCUUGAUUGAAACAGGAAUGACGAAGGUCACCUACGAAGCUGCGCGGUCAAGGGGCACAGAAAGGAAGAUCGGACAGCUGAACCCGUUGAGGCGAGGAGGCCAACCGGAUGAGAUUGCUAGAGUUGUAUUGUUCCUAGCGAGCGAUGAAAGUAGUUAUGUCAAUGGGCAGGCUUGGGCAGUGGAUGGUGGAUUGAGCGCUGGAUUACCUUUUGUGCCGGGGAAGUUGGCGUAGGAAGAAGGGAUUCACCCAUCACAAUAAUCCGGAACCCCUCUUGACGGGAAGGACAGCUUUACUGGGUUGUGAUAUUCAUUUUAGGAAACAGGUAAAUAUUACAGCAUACUAAUGUCUCCUCUCGAGCAUUGACAUCAUGCUCUAGCAAAUUUGGCUGAAAAUAAGAAGGGUUUUGGAAGGAUCCUGG